AAUGGAUAGAAAAAUUGGAUGAAAAAAUAAGAGAAUCAAACCGUCACAUUUUACUUAUCCUUGAUGGUGCUCCCUCAUAUGUUACUGGUUCUCUCAACUUGACUAAUAUAAAAGUACUUAUGUUACCUCUACAUGCAACAUCAAAAAUCCAACCCAUGGAUGCUGGUAUAAUUGCAUCAUUCAAACUUCAUUAUCGUUAUUUACAACUUCAACAUGCAAUUGAUCGUGAUGAAGAUGGGGAGAAAGACAUAUAUAAAGUCGAUCAAUUGCAAGUAGUAAGCGAUUAUUUGGUCAAGCCAGAAAUCAGAGAUGUUGGUUCCACACAAAAGUUGUAUCUCCUCAUGAUGAAAACAGAGUACCUGUCACCCCAUGCUAUUGUUGAAAGCAUUGAUGAUGUGAAAGAAAACCUACCUCCUGAUCCAAAUGAUGAAUUAACAGUCAAAGAACUUCAGCAGCAAAUAGACAUAUUACCUGUUCAGAAUCCACUGUCAAUUGAAGAUUUAUUAAACCUUGAAGAAGAAUGA